GCCAGCUCCCCCAUGUUGUAUGAGCGGUACGCGGUAUCUAUGAAAAAAAGGCGCAAACAAGCUGUGUGGACUUGUUUUCAAUUGGAUCGAAACAAACAUGCAAAGUUUUUUGCAAAUAUGCAUCGUAUUUGCCUGCCAAGUUGGAGGCUGGAGCCUGCAGCCCACCCUGAGUGACAGCCGCAGCCGUGGUCGGGGGGCGAGGACAGUUGCAGCACCGAAAGAGAGGACAGUGCUCGCAGCAGCGCGACCACCGACGACGAGAUCAGAGGUCGUGGUCAGCGCCGAAGUCGCGGCGUCGCCAACGACGCCCGCGCCUGGCAGCGCCGCCGUCCAACUCGCCCUCUGCUGCGCCAUCGGUUCGUUCUGUUCGCUAGAUCGGGUGGUGAUGGGCGUCGCGAUCAUACCGAUGGCGGCCGACCUCGGCUUCAGCGAGACCAUGAAGGGUCUGAUCGCUGCCGCCUUCUCGCUCGGGUACGGCUUAGGUAUCGCGCCGGCCGGAGCACUGGUCUCAAAAACGGGCGCCCCGCGGCGCACGCUCGGAGGCGGGCUCCUGGCGUGGUCCCUGGCCCAGGCGGCGACCGCGCCGGCCGCGCCGAUGGGCAUAGCGCCGCUCCUCGCGAGCAGGACCGCGAUGGGUGUGGGCGAGGCCGCGUGCCUGCCGUCGCUGCAGGUCAUCGCGGCGACGGGCGUCGCCGCAGAGGACCGAUCACGUUUUUGGGGCUUCCUCACAGCGUCGUUGUCGCUGGGUACAAUUGCGGCCUACGCGCUCACACCCGCGAUUAUUGACUGGGGCGGGUGGCCCGCAGCUUUCUACGCAUGCGGCGGCGGCGGCGCGUUAUUGGCGUUCGUAUGGCUCGCGACCGCCGGCGCGAGCGAGGCCGCGGCACCUGUUAAAGAAGAGCCUCGGGCGCUUCCCUGGCGACGCCUCGCGUCGUCGGAGCCCGUGUGGGCACUAGCUGCGGCCCAUGCCGCUUCAAAUGUGUUUCUGUACUUUUCGGUCGCCUGGCUGCCCUCCUUUUUCGUCGACGUGUUUGGAGAUAGCACGGGCAGCGCGUCGACAGCGUCGCUCUUGCCAUUCGUUGCGGGCGCAAUUGCGGCCGUCGGCGCGGGGACGGCCUCCGACGCCAUCGCGCCGACGAUCGGGCUGACUCGGACGCGCAAGUACGCGCAGAGUGUCGCGACUCUCGGGCCCGCGGCGUCACUGACCGCGCUUGCUGUUCUAGAGCAGGGCGACAUGCUCACGCAACCGGUCGCAGAGGCAUUGCUGGUGUGUGCCGUGGCAACGCACGCGUGUUCUUGCGCGGGGCACGGCGUCGGCAUCCAGGACAUCUCGAAGCGCGACGCGUCGCUCGUUUAUGGCGUCACGACGAUCGCCGCUGUUAUUGCGGGCGCGUCCGGUCAAUACCUCACGGGUGCAGCGCUCGACGCGACGAACAACGACUUCGCGCCCGUGUUGCUCACGAUCUCUGCGGUGCAAUUGGCGGGCUUGGCGGCGUGGUGGACGUGGUGGGACUCGUCGGAACGUGUCUUCGAGUAGAUUCUAGUGUGUUGUAAAUGUCAAGCAAGUAA